AUGGCAACAUUACUUGCUUGGGGAAAAGUUCGUGAUCAUGACCGAAAACAUAGCAACAAGCUACUUCAAACCCAAAAGAAGUUAAGUUCAAAGCAAGCAAGGUGGCAAGACCUCUUGGCGGAGUUCGACUACACCAUAGAGUACAAGCUCGGAAAGGCGAACGUGGUAGCAGACGCGCUAAGCCGCAAGGUGAAAUUUACAAGCAUCUCUCAAGCUACUAGCCCAUUGUUAAUUAAGAUCAAAGAAAGACUUAAGGUAGAUCAUCAAGUACAAAGCCUCAUUACCUUAGUCACCGAAGGGAAAACGUGGAGGUUUUGGCUAGAUGAUGAACUUCUCUAUACCAAAGGCCGCCGCAUCUAUAUUCCAAAGUGGGGAAGCUUAUGGAAGGAGCUUAUCAAGGAAUGCCAUAAUUCCAAAUGGUCCGGGCACCUAGGGAAGAGUCCAGCAACAUUCAAGUUUACCAAGUCAUGGCAUGAGCAAAUAGAGUUAGCUCGAGCGGCGUUGCACAAGGUUGCCAAGAAAAUAAAGAAGUGGGCAUACAAGAAGAGGAGGCAUGUUGAGUUCAAGGAAGGCGACCUUGUAUUUGUGAAACUCUUGCCACAACAAUUCAAGGCCUUUAGGAAGAUGCACAAGGGCUUGAUCCGCAUGUAUGAAGGGUUAUUUGAAGUCAUCAAACGUGUAGGCCAAGUUUCAUACAAGCUCAACCCCCUCCCCCCAAGUUAA